AUGAUCCGGCCACAGAGAUUUCUGGAGAGCAUACACACGCAGAUUGUCAUCUCCGCGUUUGUAGGGUUUGUAAGUGGAGUAUACAGAGUGAUUCGAAAGCAGGUCAACACCUUUGUAUACCUCUUCGGUGGUGCAGACGUUAUCAAUGAUGCAUACAUCAAGGCUGAAGGGAAACCAUUCGAAAUCCUCACACCAGGUAGAAGACAUCAAAUGGUGUCAUCCCCAAUGCAUCUGGAAGAGAUCAAUCGAGCGCCGGUUGACGUCUUGUCUUUACAUGCGGUCGCAAAAGAUUUUCUCCAACCCAAGUACACGAUGCAUGGCUUCGAGUGGAACGAUGUCAGGGGCGUAGAAGGCACGGGUUUUGUACGAGCUCUACGCACAAUCUUGACAUCUCAUCUGCCUAAACUCCUCCCAAGUCUCCAAGAAAGGAUUGCGAAUCACAUACACAGAGAACUCAUGAAUCAUGAGAGCAGUUCCGGCAGCUACGAGUUGUCCAUUUACGAUAUGUCGAAGAGACUGGUCGCCAAGACAAACAGUUUCGUCUUCUUCGGUCACGAGUUGACGGAAGAUUCUGACUUCUUCGAGGCGGCGUACAGCUUUCCUCAUGAGUCAGCCCUUGCAGCUGAAGCCUUCAGAUUGCUCCCUAAUCCGCUCGCACGGAACCACUGGGCAGCACGUUCAUUCCAUGAUCGUCUACAUCGAGAAAUCGAACGCCGACUCUCGCUUCGGAGUAUAGGCAACGGACAGUCCAGUAAUGACGGUCUACAAUGGCUCAUCGAAACCAGUCCCAAGAAAAAUCCAUGGAGCAUUCAGCGUUUAGUUGGUGAGGUCAUGGGGAUCUGGUACGGAUCAGUACAUACGCUAUCUAUCGCUGUUACGUUUGCUCUCCUCGACCUCUACUCACACAAGGAGUACAUAGAACCACUUCGCAAGGAGUUGGAUAACACCAAGCUUGACGCAUUGAAAGGCACUCCAGGCGAAAUGCCACUGCUCGAUAGUUUCCUCAAGGAAUCUGCUCGACUCAGUGCCUUUGAGAGCACUGGUGUGCGGAGGCAAGCACUGAAAGAAUUCACAUUCUCAGAUGGCCUGCAUCUCCGUCGGGGCGAUUGGGUCUGCGUACCUCAUCGUUCGCUAAUGCGUGACGAGAACAACUUUCCAGACGCAUUAAGCUUUCACGGGUUCCGAUUCGUUGGGACGCAGCACAACAAGGACAGCAGUAACGAGCAGGACCACAGCUCCGCAGGGAUCCCGGCCAAGGGCUCCUUCUUGACAGAUUCGUCCGAUUCGCUCAUCUGGGGGCUGGGCCGAAUAGUAUGGUCAGUGCAUGUUCCCUCAUCUCUCUCCUGGACGAUUCUACGCAACGGCAGUGCUGAAGCUGGCAGUUGCCACCCUGCUGCUCAAAUACGACUGCGAGCUCUCACCAAUAAGAGGCGAGAGAUCGUUUCAAUGGCGGUCAUCGGUGAUACCAAAACGAAGCAUAAAGCUGCAUGUGCGGCGGAGAGACAGCAGCACCAGUACGCUGGAUCCGGUGUGUUAGAUCAUCUGGGUGGUCCUCUUUCAUUUUUACGUGGGGAGGCCAAUUUCGCCAUUGUAUCGUUGUAUCGCUCAUAG